AGUGUGGCGGGGCCGCCUGUCCAAAGCGCGCGCGCGUCCCUCGUGGGGCUCCCCCAGCGCGGCUGCCCCCCCCCCCCGCCGCCAUGGCCGAGCCGGGCCCCGCCGCCUGCCUGCUGCUGCUGCUGCUCCCGCCGCUGCUGCUGAGCCCGGCCGGGGCCGCCGCCGACGACACCGAGUGGGUCCGGCUGCCCAGCAAGUGCGAGGUGUGCAAGUAUGUGGCAGUAGAACUGAAAUCUGCCUUUGAGGAAACCGGGAAGACAAAGGAGGUGAUUGACACACAGUAUGGCUUUUUGGGCGGAAAGGGGUCUGGAAUCAAGUACACGCAAUCGGAUAUCCGAUUGAUCGAGGUGACAGAGACCAUCUGCAAGAGGCUGUUGGACUAUAACCUGCACAAAGAGAGAACUGGCAGUAACAGGUUUGCAAAGGGAAUGUCGGAGACGUUUGAAACCCUGCACAACCUGGUGCACAAGGGGGUGAAAGUGGUGAUGGACAUCCCCUAUGAGCUGUGGAACGAGACCUCUGCUGAAGUGGCUGACCUCAAGAAGCAGUGUGAUGUGCUGGUGGAGGAAUUCGAAGACGUGAUCGAGGACUGGUACAGGCAUCACCAGAAGGAGGACCUGGCUCAGUUUCUCUGUGCGAACCAUGUGCUGAAAGGGAAAGACACAAGCUGCCUGGCAGAGCAGUGGGCCAGCAAGAAGGGAGAUGUAGCAACCACAGGGGAGAAUAAAACAAAGAAAAAGGGUGGCAAGAACAAGAAGGCAGCAGAGAAGAAAAAGAAAAACAAGGAGAAGGUCGAGGAAGCAAAAAGCCACCUGGCCCCAAGUGCUGAAAGGAGCCCUGAGGAGGAGGGGGAUAUCCAGCCAAAGGCUCCCCUUGCGCACAGCCCAGCUGACGAGCUAUAGUCUCUCGGACUCUGCAUGCCAAUUUGCAGCCCAUGGUAGGGACAGCGGACGCUCUGGACAGGUGGGAUAUUGGAUGCGCUCUGGGCAUUGCAACAGCCAGUUGCCUCACAAGAUGGUGACCCCUUAUUUACUGAAGGGAAAUAAAUGAGAACUCUUCCAACUUAUUGCUCCAAGGGCAGCAGCCUGUUCCUGCUGGGUGGAGAUCUCGGCCAGUCACGCCGUAGCUAGUCAGCAUGACCAUGAGCAGUGGUACCACGUUGAUCACAGCAGCUGGCAGAGACCCCUGCACACGCAGGGCAGCUGGGCCGGACAGGAGAUGCCUCCUGAGUACAUGGAGCUUGUUAAACUCCCCUUAGUGCUCCCUAGACAAUACAGAUCCUGCCUUCAGCGGGAGAGACCUGCUGCCUCUUGCCCAGCGUGGUAUGGAAGUGGGAGAAAGGAGGCUGGUUUGCUCACAGAGGAGCCUCUGGCUUUUGCCUACAGCUGCCCUUGGGGCAGGGAACUUGGCAGUGGCUUGGAAGGAGAGUGGCUUCUGCGUGGCCAGCCUGGUGGGUUUCCCACUGAGCGUGCUGGGGUCCCACAAUGAGUUAUCCUCCUGCUCUGCAAGCGUGCUGUCCACCCCUCUCCCGUAAUACCAUUCCACUCAGGAGCAGCCACUCCAGCUUCCUGGAAGCCUGUGGCUCGUGCUGUUGCUGCAGAGAGGACCCUUCCCCCCUCUGCUAAUGUCCUGUUUCAUUUGGUCUAGCGUGUGCUCUCUGUACUAGCUUUCACUCUCCCUGCUGCACUGUGGACAGCAGCUCCUUGCUUUGCAAGGAGAGGAUCACUUGUAUUUUAUGCAGUUCUUUGCUACCUGUUGGUGGUUUCUCUUAAAGUGCCAGUAGAUAUUAACACUCUCCCUGUGGGGUGCGGGAGCAAGACCCACUACGGCCUGCAGUGACACCCGGAUAACUCUGAAUGCAGUCUUUGUUCCUCUUGCACGUGCCCAAGAGCCUCCCAUCAGCUCUAACACUCAUCAAAGCAUGUGGGGACCCCAGCCUGGGAGUGGGGUUAGGUCUGGUCCAGUCCAGCCGGGCUGACCUGUGAUCUCGGCACUGCAGCUCAGUGAGUCAGAUGUCAGUGCACUGAGGUGGCUGCUCUGCUAGAAUUAGGUAUGUUCCUGAGUGCUCUUUCGUCUCACCAGCUCUGUCAUGUGUCAUGGAAUAUUCCUAGGUAGUGAGAGACUCAUCGGUCUUACGUUGCUUUUCAGGCUAGUGAGCAACUGUUGGUUCCCCAGGCAGGUCACCAUACUCCAGGCACCAGCAAUUCCAACUCCUGCCACUUUAUCACAGGUCUCCUGGUAUUUGUGUGUGUGUGUGUUUUGUGUUGUGUUUUGUUUUUUGUUUUUUUACAACCUCCGCUCGUGGCGUCAUGGGAUUAUGUGAGAAUCUCAGCUUUAGAAUGAAGCUGUUUCUAGCCCUCUUGGCUACAGGGGACAGCUUGAAAGUGUCACCAGAGUGUUACCUAAAAGGCUCAGAAGUCAGAGAAAACCCCAAAUGUGUGGUUUAAAAAAAAAUAAAUUCUUGUGGGGCUGUUGGGGGCUAGACCCUGGGUUCUGAAUGUAGGGGGUUGGCCCUGCCAUUUAGAUGCAGCACAAGAGGCACAAUUGGAAGGAAGCUUAGAAUUAUUUUUAAGCAAGGCAGUUUUACACCACUUCCUGCUGUGGAGUAAUGCAAUAGAGUGACUUCAGUGGGAGUGGGGGUGGGUCGGUACGACUGGGCAUGGGUGACGGAGAGGAAUGAAUGAGACUAUCUGGCGUGACAAGUUUUUGUCCUUUCAGUUUUGUUCUAUUGUAACUGCUGGAGUUGCCGCAACUAUACAUUUGGAAUCUAUAUGUUGGAAUCUUUGUUACCGCAAGCAAGGGACUUGGCAUUUUUGGCAUUCCAGUUAGCGAAACUGGCCUGAAGCAGCUAAGAGCCUCAUGGCCUCCAGCCCUUGCUCUUCUGGAAGGUUAUCCUCUGAUCACCUUUGUCCUUCUCUCUUCCCCAUACAGUCCUCCUUUACAGGUAGUAAUGAGCUCUGCAAUGGCAGAACCUCUGCCUUUCACCUACUGGGACAGCUGCUACGCCUGUUAAUGCUGCCCCUACCAGGCCUACACUAGACGCUUCCAGCACCGACUUCAGCUCUGGGAGUGCUAGCAGAGGCUAGAGCCCUCCUGGAGAUGGGCCCAAGGCGGCCAGUGGCCUUGAUUAGACUUUCUGAGCAGGCUUAGACAGGGCAUUAUGUGACAGUGUUAAAAACACCAGCAGGCUGUCAACAUGAGGGCUCCUAACCCCUGUGGAAUCUGUCCUGAGUGUAAACAGCUCCUUGGAGACAGGAGCACCUCCCAGAUCACCAGCACCAUUCCUCCAGCACAGCGAGAGGGGCUGGGUAUGCCAUACAGACCCCGGCAUGUACACAGCAGUGAGAUGCUGCAAAGCAACCCUUGCCUCUACAUUUCCCAGCUCUUCUCCCACUCCGUGGCAAUGUAAGACAGUGAAGUGCAGCACCCACGCAGUGAGAAGCAGAGAGAUCAGAAGAAAAUGCUCUGUGGGCCUUCAGUAGAUACAACCCUCCAGUAAAGCUGCUGCUGGAACAUCCUAACAAGAGACUCCAGCUCUUCCACAGAUACUGGCUUAUUGCUUUGUUUCUGACCCAAGCCUUUCACCCCUGUGUUCUAGGUACUUGUCUGGCCUUGAGCCCAGUUCCAGGUGAGGUUGCUGAGCCCAAGGUGAGGCUCCUGGUGUUUGUUUGCACACUGUGUUUGAUUCCCCUAGUGCUUUGCACUGGGAGGAGUGUUUGCUGCUUUGGCCAAGAUACAGCAGAAGUCUAGUGUUCUUCCCUGACUGCUGCUUAGCAGGGGUGAUCGACCAGUUCUGCUCUGCUGCUGUUGUUCCUGAGUCCACAUAGUUGUUUACGUAAUUGCAGCUCAAGCCUUUCUGUAUGGGUUUGUGCCAAUGAGUGUGGCGCAAUAGGGCAGGCCCUUGCCAGGUGCAGCUCAAUGACCCAAUGACUGAGGGGGAGACAAAGCCCGAAAGGCCCAAAGGUCCAAGCCAGAGUGACUGCAGCCAUUGAGAUGUCCAGAGAUUGAAUGCAGAGGUCUGGAAUAGGAGCAUGGGAGAGUUUCUCAAAUGAACAGGAAUCUUAAGACUCCUUAUCAAGAGCACUGCAGCAAACUGGGUCUGCCCCAGGAACGAUGCAGAGAUAGCAUCCAGCUGACUUCAGAGCAAACCCCAAGGAAUACAAACCCCUGUGCUGAACAGAGGGAACCUGCCUUUGACAGAGACCCAAAUCCGUCUGUUACACGGUGGCAGCAUUGAGAUAGCUCAGAGAGGCUGCAGGGUUUCCAUAUGUGGGCAUGGCAGUGAGCUGGUGCAUGCACAGGGCAGGGAAGGCGCAGAAGCUUUAUGUCCUACCCGACACAGGACAGUCAGGCCCUGUUUGCAGUUGAGAACAGUGAGGUGCUGAGCCAAAGAGGGUGAUGGUACCAUCCUAGUCCUCUCCGGGCUGGGCUGGAUUACAGAACCCAGCCAGUGGGGACAGAGCAGUAGCUGAUAGCCCUUCCCUAUGGUGCUCUUAUUAACCUCUCAUUUUUCUUCCCCUGCCUCCCCAGAGGGCUAGGUUUUUAGAUGAGCAGUUGUAUCUUAAAUGUCUAGGGCCCUGUUGGCUCAAUAACCAAUGGUCUUGUGUAGACAGUGGCCUGUGAUCCUAUGUGAAUCUGGUUAAUGGUCACAUAGUUUCACCCUGAAUUCACUCUUGUGUGCUAUUUGCAGUUAUUUUUUAAAUAAACUCCAAGUCUGUUAA